GGACCUUUUCAUUUUUGCUAGUGUAGACUGUGGAGGCGGCGAAGGCACUUGCACUCAAUUGACAAUCAAGCACGAUCAAAUCGCAGUAAUACCGAAGGCCAGCCAGAUCCGUAGAAGAUUGGCAUUUCAUUCAACGUAAUCUUCGGCGGUGUUUGUUGAUAGUGAGCAUACAUCAAUUUAGCUUUAUCCGAGACUGACGUCAAGAAGAAGAGAAACUGUCAAAGUUAGUCAGCUGAUCCAGUUCUCAGAGCGCAACAGGGCAUAAAGCACAUUAGAAUGAAACUAGAUUGUGAUGACAGCGUGUGUUGAUUUUGUGUUGACUAACGUUUUAUUUUACUGUUGAAAACUUAUAGCAAUGUGACUGUCGCUUUCCACUAGCACGAAAGUGUACUUUCUGACGCAGAGCAAACUUUUAUUAUAAUGACGUGACAAAGGAUGUGUGUUUUAAAACUGUGUUCAUGACUAAGUUUUAGUUGAAUUUUUCAAUAUUCUGAGACGACACUCCAACAGCAAAUAUAAUUUAAAUAUUAUUAAAGGGAUUGGCAUUGUUACUUAAUUUAUACAUCUUUUUUAUAAAAAAAAAGUACAAAUUUUUAUGUUAGAAAACAAAAAUGAAAGAAUGGAUGUGGAGAGCAUUUCUAUGUUAGCAGAAUUGCUUCGCAAAACUGGUGACAAAGUUCUUCAGGGAGACAAAACCUUGCUUUUGAAUGAAACAUUAUUGAAAAGCUUGAAUGAUUCUUUUAAAUUCUUGGCAGAAGAACAAGAUAGUGAUGCAUCUUUUCAAGUAACUAAAACAAACAAUUCAAAAGAAUCAAUUUUUCAUGACAUUCAGUUUCUCCAUGAUUUUAUUCAAAAAGUUUUACACAUAAGUGUUGCCAGAGACACUACAAGAUCAGUAAGAAAUUUUAUUUUAGAUAUCAACAAAUUUAAAAGUCUUCAGUCUUUAGAGCUGACAAAAAUUCCUGUAAGAAAUGUUACUGGUAUUGAGCAAGUUAGAACUCAGUUACAAUGUGUUGUAUGUGUACAAGGUCUACUUCAAUUGCAAGAUCUCCUUGUGAAUUGUGGAGCCGAUCAUAGUGCAGCUGAUGUGUGGGAAGAACUAGUGGAAGUUGUGUUUACUUAUAAUGCAUUGGGAGCAAUUGACAAUUCUUUUAUGUACACACCAGCUCUUCAAACUAUUGAUCUUAGCCAUAAUAGGUUAAAGAAUUUUUGUGUAGAAGAUUCUUUACCAAAUUUAAAAUAUUUAAACCUCAAUUUUAAUCUUCUUCAAUCAGUUCCAAGUUUUGGAAAAGAAGGUGCUUGCAAGCUGAAAACACUUCUUCUUAGAAAUAACUAUCUUACGGAUUUAUCAGAUUUGUUCAAGUUAAAGCAACUAGUUGAAUUGGACUUGUCAUGCAACAGUCUAACAGACCACAGCACCUUAGUUCCUGUGAGAAAACUGCCUUUGCUUUGUUGGCUGAAUUUAGCAGGAAAUCCAUUGAGCUUCCACAUAAAACAUCGAUCACACACUGUUCAUCAUCUCCAUGUGAAUGCUUCUCGUUGCAAGUUUGUCCUGGAUGGUCGAGCUUUAUCAUGGAAGGAGAGGAAGAGUGUGCGGCACCAUGGCAUAGAGGUUAUGGAUUAUUCAGAGGAGGAACUCCUACUCAGCACAGAAAGUGUUGCUUCUUUUCCAGAAGAAGAAUAUAGUACACCUGUGGUACAAAUUCAAUCAAAGAAAUCAUCGCGUUCUAGACGACAAAGAUCACAAGUCAAAGAAGCAGUUAUUUCUGAAAGUUUAAAAGAACAAGAAGUGAUCCCAAAUAAUCCAUCCACAGCUGAUGAUCAACAGCAUUUACAAGUAAAACGUGAUAUAGAACAGCUGAGGCAGCGAUUUGGAGAGGAACACUGGCUGUCUGAGCAUGGUGCAGCUCACCUGCAGGCUGUUCUGGGCCUGCCACGGAUAUCACCACCCUCCCUUGUUGAAACUCUUGCCUGCCAUUUUAAGACACAGAUUCCUAUUCAAAGUGAAAAUACUUCAACAUCACAAGAGGAUUUGCAAAACUCCUUGACAUCACAGUUACGUAAUGAAAUUAAAAAUGAGCUGUCAAACAUUGAUUCUGAUAAUUUGGCUGUGGAUGAACAGCACCAGAAACUUGACAGCUCAGAGGAAUGGGAGCAAGGAGAAUCAGAACAAGAUCAGAUUAAUUACUCUCAGAGUGAAGAAGAAGAUGUGGAUGAAAGCAAACUAUUCACAGUGCGAAAUACAAAUGCUUCCUCUCAGUUACUCUUGCUCGCAGUAAGUGCUUCCAAUCUUCAAGAAAGAGAUGUGAAGAGUGGUCGUGUGCUUCAGAAAUGGAGUCUUGCUUCACUGCAAAGCUGUGAGCUUCUCUCUGACAGUCAGUCUACUGUGCGACUCACUUUUAAUGUCAUGCGCCGUGAUCGCCGAAGUCGCAUGUAUCUUGCUGAACCAUCGGAAGCAAAGGAGUUGGUGCAUGUAUUGGGUGAUGUGUUGGCAUCACGAACACUAUCAGAUAUGAAUCAGGUUGCAUAUCGUUGUAUGAAAUGUUCUUCACAAUUUUCUCACGAAGAAGAUGUUCAACAUGCUAGCAGAGGAAGCACUAUUCUCUGCCCCAGUUGUGGUAGUAGUAUUGUUUGCAUGAUGGAAGAAGUACCUCUGCCAUCAAGAAUUAUGCCUGGUACAGUGUCCGUGGGAGGACUAGCAACUAGUAGUGCUGUAACAGCAGCACCUGCAGGACCAUCUUUAUCAUCUUCACAGUCAAGCAUAGGCUCAAAGGACAACUGUCCAGUUGAGGCCCCAGGCAGCACGAGGGACUGCUGCUUGCAGGUGGCUGCUGUUGUGCACCAGGCUGAUGCUCCCAGUGUCUCACCCUCUUGCCCCUCGCCUCCCCGUGCUUCACCCAUGGCCUCCGCCCCAGCACUCACGAGAUCUGCAGUGUCAUUGGAAGAAAGUUGUUCAGCAAUUAGUACACGUCGUUGUGACAGCGAUAUAGAAGUAAUUAGUAACCCAAGUCAAAGCAGUAUUGAAGUUCUUGAUGGAGGAUCUCGUACUCCGGGUAGAAAAUGUUCAUCAGAAGAGAGACAAACUGCAGUUGUGUGUGUUGAUGUUAACAUCAGAGCAGUUUCCAGUCCUGUAAUUGCUUCUGUUGGCCUGACCGAGAGUAGUUCGUCUGGCUCAUUCACUGACAGCAUUUGCACCACCUAUGAAACACAGAAGAACGUUACAAAUGGUUCUGGUGCUGAAGACCCUCCAGCAUUUCGACUUCAAAAUGGUGUAGAAACCAGCAAAAUGAGCAUGGAAAAACCUGCAGUUGAAAUGGAAGAUGACUCUCUUUAUGGAACAGAACCAAUUCCUUCUCUUCAGGAAAUGUUUGAAGGUUUGCUGGAGAAAGUUGAUAAAGAGCUAGCAAUUAGUGAUGGUCUAAAAUCUAUUACUAGUGUUGUGGAUAACUCAAUACAAUAUUCAUACAGUGAUUUUCAGCAAGUGGAUCAUCGACUAAGACUAUAUUUUUUACAAGAACUUUUAGAAUCUGAUGAAGAACUGCUUCUGGCAGAAAUUUUGAAGACAGGAAAUUCCAGUCCAUUUCCUGGGCUGACAGUAUUUUCAUCAACUCGUGUGUGGGUGCUACAAAUCAUUGGCACUGAAGGAGAUAAUCCUGAAACAUGGUUGCAAGAAAACACGAAAUUUCCUUUGCUUUCUGUAAAUGCUAUCUUUCCAUUACUUUGGGAACAAGGCAUUGGUGUUGAAUGCAAAGAACUUGAUUGGCACAUACUGAUGCUACUUCAAGAUUCUCAACGGACUCAUAAUUUCCUUCGAGCUGCAGAAUCAGCAUUACCUACAUCGUGUGGAAUCAUUCAUGAGUCUGCAUGUUAUCAACACCAAUUCAUGGACAAAGUGGCAAACUUCAGAGAUUCUACAUCUCAGUUGCAGCUUGUUUCCAUAUUUGAUAGUUUUGACAUCAAAGGAGAAAAAGAUUCUGCAGUAAAACAUGGAGUUGUUGUGGUGCGGACUGCUGACAUAUUCGUGACAGAGUCAAACCUGUCUUGGCUUUUCCCCCAUUCUUUAGAUAACUCAAUAAUAAAAGCCGUGGCAGCUCAACAAAUAAGUGAUCUAAUGGAAGUGGUAACUGAUGAAUGUCAAAUAGGGUUACAUUUUGUGGAUGAGACCAAACACAAGGAAGAAGUCUGGAGUCUGGUUUUCCAGACACCAACAUGUGCGCAAGCUGUUGUGAUGGCUGUCCGUACACCUUGGGAGCAGCUAUUUUCUGUGCCUUUGCAAGUGACUGAAGGCAGCCUUCACUAGUGUGCAACUUGCAUAAUAUUAAAUUACUUGUGACUGCUUCAUAUCAUUUACAUGAUUGAAAUAAUUUAAUGGCUGUGGAUUACUGAGCUCUCCUGUAAAUAAUUGUAUGUAAAUUGAAAGUAUGCUAAUUUUUUUAAAAAAAAGUUUUAUUGCUUUUUGUUGAUAGAAUAUCAUUUCUUUAGUAGUGAUUGUGAAGUAAGAUAGGACUUGUUAAUGUUACGUCUGGCUUUAAAGUAUUUGACUUUCUUUUAUUAUUUCAAAAAUAAAUGAAAUGCUCAAAUAAUUGCGCAAAGCACUAGUAGCUUUUGCAUAAAAUUGUAUGAAUUUGAUACAUUUAUAGUUUUAUAUUAUUGACAUCCACAUGUUUGAUCUUGGGCAUUCAUUAUGUUAAGGUGUAUCUGUGUCAUAAAUUUAGACAUAUGUGUGUUGUGGGUUGAAAUUAAAUUAUACAAUAGAAUAUUCUUUAAAAGAGUUUUUACAGUUCUGUUACAUUAUUUUUUAUCUAUUUUUGGAAAAUUUAUGAUUUGUCAGAUGGCAAUGAAGUUAGUGGUAUCUCAAACCAUCCUGAAUAAGAUUUAUUUAUUUUUAAAGGUUGAAAGUGUAUAUAACUUGAAUUGUUAUGAAUUUACUCCAAACAACUUUGAAUUAAAAUUUUUUAUUAAUAUUCAAGAAAAUCUGUGAAAAGCAAUUGACUCAGCCAUGUCCUUAACAAGAAUCAAAGGGAAGUUAAAUAAGUUUUUUUUUUAAUUGUGCCUGCCAAACUUAUCAUAUUUUUAAUUAUAGAGGGAAAAUUAUAUCAAAAUAGGUACACAUUCAGUGAGAUCAAGCUGUACAUUUGGCGGUUUCUAAAACAAAUUGAUGGGUGAAAUUUAUCUAUUAAGAAUAUUUUAUGUGUUCAAUGUACUAAUUUUAAGACUAAUGAUUUUUUUAAGAAAAAUUAUAAUGAUGAUUACAGCCUAUAUUUCUAGCAAUAACUCCUCUAGCAUGAGUUGAAGGCACUCUGUACAAAGGAAUUGAUACUCAUAAUAUUCUUUAAUAACAUGUUAUAUUAUUUUUGUUGUUGAUAAUUUGUAAUGUGAAAAUAUAUAAUCUGUUUUCAAAUUAAUGCUCCUUAUUGAUAUGAAAAUCAAUUUGCUAUGUAACGUUGUUAAUGUUUUCACUAUAUUUAUCACAAGAAAUUAUUUCAAGGUUAGUAAUAAUAAAACUUCAAAUAGUAUUCAAAGUUUACUAUUACCAACAAGAAAAAAUUUAUUUUUUUAAAUCUUGCUCUUUUGUGAAAAAUUAAAUUUGAUUACAACUUAAAUAAACUCCAUUUAUGAUGGAAGCACUUCAAAAACAUCAUUGAAGUGUUGGACAAGUUAUAAAAAAUAGUUAUUCAGCCAUUUCUUGUAAAAUUGUUCAAUUGAAUCCUGAACAUACAUUAACCUUCCAAGAAUGGUAAUUUCUUUUUCUAAAGUUUAUAUUUUUUUCUUGUAAGAUGAAAAUACCUUCUGCAGUAAAUUUUUUAAUUAAGGAGUCCAUUGAAGCAGUGUGACAUUUACGUCACGCAAUCCUUUGUGCUACUAUUUUGCUCAGGAAACUGACGGAUGAAGGUAAACGAUAUAACACCUUGUAUACGUAAUAUUAAAACAUUUGUAUUAUUAUUACAAAGUUUAAACAAUUGAAAUUGAACUCAUAAGUAUUUUGGAAUUAUCUUAGAUUAUUUCAUGUGGUAAGGAAUGUUGCACUUAAAGCACUUACAACUUACUAAGCUAGAACAGCUGUCGUAAGCAUGAUGUUGGCAUUUUUCAUUUUCUACAUUACAGAAAUAUUGUCAAGGCAACCCUCUUUAUCAACCCUUACCGCUGAAGUUCUAGUGCUCUUUGAUGCUUGCAUGGCUGCUCCAAUUGGCAAUUUUAUGGGAGUUUUGUAACAUAUUAAGUAGGUCAGCAUAAUUUUCCUCUUAAAAAUAAGCUUCAUUACAAAGUUAACAGCAUUUAUGUAUAGAUUCCAAGCAUUGUUGACUGCAACACAUAGGAAAUAAUGCCCAACAUAAUUCUUUACUUCAUGUAUGUACCUUAUAAAUAUUCUCAUCUGAUGUCUUUAUCCAUGUGGUCUGUACCACACAUACUUUUAUUGUAUGCCUUGGCAAUACUUGGUUGAGGCACAUUUAUAAUUUUCUUUUCAGACUGACAAAAUAUUUAACGGCUUAAGUUUCACACACCAUACCCCAUGGAAGCUACUCUAACUACAUUGUUGUCAAUCCACUUGCAUUGAAAGAUUUCAUAAUUUUUUCAAUAAUGUGUUCAGUGGUUACCCAUGAUUUUUUUCAUUUCAUUAUUCAAAUUAUCUUAUGGUUUUCAGUUUGGGCAAAUCAUAAAAUAGUUUUUAAUAACUAAAUACAACAUUGCUAAGAAAACAUUUAGAUUGGUUGCACAACUAUAAGAAAAAGAUGUGUUAAAGACAGUUUUUGAAAUUAGAGAAAAAAUCAUCAGAAACAUCAUAUCACAGAAAUUUAGUGUAAACAAAUCAAUAUUUGUUCUUAGUAUUGUACUUGCCUCAUUUCAGGGUGCAAUGCAAAGAUGGUCAUUGUUUGGUCAUGGUUUUGUAAUUAGGCAGGUGGUGAAAAAACUUGCUUACAAAUGAUAUGCAGCAGACAACUGAUUCUUGGACACUCACUGAAGCCAGGCACAACUUUUUGAUAGUCAAAUAAUGCCUGCAUGAAGACUUAAGACUGAUAAUUACUGAUGUGUUUGCUGUAACGUUUUCAGUAUGCUCAUCUUUUGAGUUUUAAUUUUGCUGAAAUUACCUAAAAAUCAUAAUAAAAUAAACUAAAAAAACAUCUUCCAGGAUAAUAUGCCGUUUUUAAAAGGUAUGAUAGUAUAGAUUUAACUUGUAAAUAAUUGUUUUCUAUAGUUGACUUACAAUAAAACGAACAACAGUGGGUAUUGACAUACUUCUGAAUUAAUGCAAAAAUGCCUCUUUUUUUUUCUCUUAAUAUUAAAUUGUUGUUAUAUUUUUCUGUCACGUAUUGAGCUUUUAUUUUGUUGAGAAUGUUUCUUUUACUUCUC